AUGGCGGUAAACAAUCCUACUUCAAAGGAUGUCUCAGGAAUAUACGACUCAAUGGAGAGCUGCGGCGAGGGCUUCCAGCUUAGUCCCGACGGCUCCUCCUGUCUGGAUGUGGACGAGUGUCGCUACGAGCCUUGCCUCAACUUCGCCUCGUGCUCAAACUCGGUGCCAGGCUACCACUGCUCCUGCACUAGCGGCUACGCAGGCCACAACUGUGAGCAGCAGGCCGGACCCUUGGCCUUCCCCCUCGGCGGCCUGCCUGUCCUGCUGGCCUUCACCUUCUCCCUCGCUGCUGUCUUAGGUUUGCUGGCGAUUGCAGUGUCAACUUAUUUUCUAAGGCGCCGGAAACUCGAACUCAAGACAACGUCAGUCGACGGAACAGCAAGUAAACAAAAACAACAACAAGUCAUAACCUCAACAAUCAUAGACUCCUCCAACCUCUCCCAAGUGCCUUCUAAAGAAUCUAAGAAAAGUAUUUCCUUAGAGGAGCCAUCUAGCGAUAAGCAAUUUUCUAAAGAAUCGUUGAAAAACAUGACAUUUUUUUCAAAAUCUUCGAAAAAUGCAGCGCUUUCCGAAGGACUGCAAAGGAAGAGUUCAUCAUCCAAAGAAUCCUUUUCUUGUGAAGGAAUAAAUUCAGUAGCCGGCCACGCCAUCGAGGUGCGCUACACGGCCAGCGCCGCCACACACACGACACUCGCGCCCAGCGUCUGCGAGCUGCCCGCGCUCCAGCACGACGCCGUGUCUUGCUUAGGGCGCUCCAACCCCGACGCCGUGCCUUGCUUAGGGCGCUCCAACCCCGACGCCGUGCCUUGUUUAGGGCGCUCCAGCCCCGACCUCACGGGCGAGGACGUGACGAAGUCUGGCCAUUCAAGGCCACUGAGCGCUCUAACGAUCAUGGCGCCUCGAGGCUAUAGAGACGAUGAUGAGGUCCAGCACAAAAAAUUCGAACUGCGAGAUGUUAUAAAUGGCGUGGAAUCCAUCUGCUCCGAGACUCCAUGGCCGCUGCUCCAGUCAUAUACUUCAGACUCCACUCCUGAUAAUAUCAAACGGCCGUACUUUUCAUCUCUGAGACGCAAGUCAAAUGAAUUGGCUCCUUUUCUCAACGUCAGUGGUGAAAAAAAGAUAUCGACGUCUCAGCCAGACUCAAAUGAAAGAAUGGAAAAAGUUGCUUGGUAUUGUGAAGGUCACAACGCUCCCCAAAAAACUGAUAUGAUGGAGAAAGACUCAAAAGUUGAUCCCGCAACAGGAUCGCUGCCUGCUCAGACAAUGUGUUCUGCAUCUCAUGAGUGCAAGGCUCCUAGAUGACAAAAACAAGUUUGUAAAAUUUAACAUUGCAUUUGAAUUUCAAAACUAUUUGUUCGAUGGAACUAUCUAUGAAUUAUCUAAAUAUA